AAAGCUUAAAACGCAGUGAAAAUUUGUUGUUCUCUCCGUCGUCGGUAAUGUAAAGCAAUUUUAAUGUUAUUUUUGCUGUUCGACCUUAUAAACCGCUCGAAACGACUUGCGGCGUGUAGUUUUUAAUCGAACAACAGACCAAACGCGCGUCUUCCACUCAGCUUGAAGAAAAAAAGUACAAAAUCGAUUUAAAAAAUUGCAUUAAUCUAAUAAAAGUAAUUUGAUUAAAAGGAAUCUGUUUGGUUAAAAUUUUUUUUGAUGCUUUUUUGGGAGGAACGUUGUUAUGACAGUGAUUGUUUAGUAAAGAAAAAUUGGAUGUCAUCAAAAUUCGAUAAUUUGGAAACAAGGCUUGUCACAAACGACAAUGCCUCGAUUUUUUGGUCAGAUCUAUCCGUAGCGGUCCAAAUAUUACUUCCGGUCGCUUUAAUAGCCUUGUUAUUUUCGAAAAAAAUUAAAAUCCAACCAACUAUUAAUUAUGUAACAGGUUUAUGGCCAUCGGUAACUCAAAAACAGCGUCUUCUAACAUGGUUAAGCGACAAAAUCCCGUAUGCUACGACGGUUCCGAAGAGGAUAUCGCAAUUUUGGAAGGACGGCUCAUUAUUGUGCACCCUCAUUAAUACGGUUAUUCCUGGGGCGUGCCCUAAUCCUCAAAGACACUGGAAACAACCCCCGAUACAUGCCCAAGCUUUGAUCUAUAAAUAUUUCGGAUUAGAGCCGGUUUUAACAUCGUCCGACUUCAACGAAAAAGCUUUGAGUUUAAGUGAUGAAAGUAAGUUUUGUAACUAUUUGAUAUCGCUGAAAGAAUUGAUUGCGAAGCGAACGAUUGAUUUGGAAUCGUUAACAUUCACAAACAAAUACAUCGCUAGAGGGAUGGGGUUAAUCGUCGGGGAGCGUAAUAAAACAUCGACUUUUUAUUUGUACCCAAACAUUGACGUGGAAAAGCUCGACGAUAUCCACAUAAGCAUAAAGGGGCCGUAUAAUUCGUACGGAAAACGUUGCUUAUCCUCCGUGGAGAUGUCCAAAAACGCCAAGCGCUUAGCCAAGUUAAGGAGGGACCUUGAAAUCGAACGGAAACAACUAACAUUUACAAGCAAGACGCAAAAAUCGUUUUUUAAGCCGCUUUUCGAGUACGUUUUGCCGAAAUACCAAAAGUUAGGGGACAUAUCAAUCGAGACAACGAUGGAAAAAGAUCGGGCUAAGAUUAGUUUUGUUCCAAAACAUUCCGGGAUGUACGAAUUGUUAUUAACUUGCAACGAUGAACACAUUUAUGGAUCUCCGUUUGGAAUUCGCGUUGUGAAGGAUUACGAGGAAAAAAUCGUUUGCAAAAACAUCGGAUUUGUCGACGAAUCCGUGGAUUUAGAGGAGAACAAGAUUUUUUUGAAAUUGGAUCAAAACAACAACGAAGAUGAUUUAAUUGGAAAGAUAGAAAUGGAAAUUAUCCAAGAUAAAAAGGAAGAAAAAGAAGGAACAACAAUUUUAGUUGAAGAAGUAAAAAUUGAAAAAGAUUAUCGUUUCGAUGAUGAUAAAGAGUUCGAAAUGAUUUAUAAUCAAAAUAUAAGCGAAAAUGAGAACGAAAAAAAUGAUGAUGUAAAAAACGAGGAAGAAAACGAAAUAAAUUCCCGAAAAGAAGAAGAAAUCAAAAAAGUUGAUUUAGAAACGAUGGAGAAUCAAGAAAACGUUUUAAUUGAAUCAUUAAGCACGAAUAAAUUAGAUGAAGAAGCCAAAAUAGAGGAAGAAGAACCCGAAUUUCUUCUAAACACCCCCUCAGAGACCAAUUUAAACUUUUCAGACAGCGAUGACCCAAAAAGUAUUUUUUCCCCAAACAUCGAUUCAGAAAUAACCGAAGAUUCCUCAAAAAUCCCGGAAGACUUAACCGAUUCCGACAAAAAAAAUGUAACCGAAGAAAGCGACGAUGAAUCAUUAAAAUUAAUUAACGACUCAGGAUUUGUUUCUUGUACAACUUCGAUUAAGGAUUUACGCGAGCUUUACGAAACGACCAAAACUUCCCCGGUAUUAAAAAAUAUCGAGCAAGAAGUUAUUAAAUCCGAUUCAAUUAACGAUUCGAUUCUUCCCCGAGAAGAAAAGAUUUCUACCCCAGAAAUAACCGAAAAAAUCGUCAACGAUUUAGAUUUCGAAUCAACCGAUUUAGACCACGAUAAUUUUCUUGGAGUAAACGUGUUCGAGAUGAAAUUAAAAUUUGAGAGGAAAAUCCAAGAAACGAAAAAAUCCCAAUACAGCAGAAUCAACCGUGGGUUAAUCAAAAAAUCGAACCUUGAUUUCACCCAAAGUAUGCCUAAUUUGACCAUCGGGAAAGACGACUACGAAAAAGAGAGCUUUUUAAGUUACGACGAUAAAACGAACGAAUUUUUAAUGCAAUUUAAAGAGAAGAAACAAUUUUGGGAUCGUUUAGUUGAAACGGGAAGUUGCGUAAGUUUAAAUUCGAACGUCCCAUCGAUUGAAAAUGGAUUUAAAUUAAAAUUUGAUAAAAAAAUUAAUAACACUUUAUCGUUGAAUAACAUCGAAAAUAACGAACCAAAAGUAAUACGAUCUAACAAAGUUUUCGAUCGUAUUAAAAUUUUCGAUCAAAAUUUUAAUUCGGAAAAACACACCUCGCUUUUAAAAAAAACCAAAAAAAAUAUCGAAUUUUAUCAAUCGGUAAAAAAUUCUGAAGGAAUCGCGAAUAUUCACGAUUUAAUGCACGAUUUACCAGUAAACGAGGAAGAUAUUAAUUUUAUGGAGGAAUCGCGACAACGUUUCGAAAGUGCGCGACAUUACUUUCGAUCGAUAGAACAGAUUAAUUUGGUUGGAUCAAACAAAAAAUCAGAACCGCAACGAAGUAUCAGUAUGAAAACGUUACAUCAAUUUUCCUUAGAUAACCUCUAUCAAGACAACCCUUUUAAUAAGAUUCAAAACGGAUCUUCGCUUAGGGGCUCGUUAAAUAGGGAAGGUAUGGCCGAAACUUUAGCCUCAAUAUCAAGCACCGAAAGUGGACUUGAACGAGAUUUCGACGAUGAAAACAUCGAUUUGGAAUAUUUUCAAUUGAGGAAAAAAUCGAAACGAAGGAAAAGCGUUAAAUCACUCUUCGAGAACCUUAAUUAUUAACACCAAAACGAAUUAUUUUAGGAGAAGGGAAACACUUAAUUAUAAAUUAUUUAUUUUAUUGAUUAAAUUAAAUAAGAAUAAACGAAUUUGUCAUUUUGACAUUUAACACUA